AUGCGAGUGGCAGGCGGGGGGCAAGUACGUGUGCAACAGCGCGCACACUUCACUGAAGAGGAAGCUGAAAGGGCAGAGCAUCACAGAAUCCAUAGGAACCUCAACUGCACUGUGGGCACACUUAGCGAGAAUAAAAAAGACACUACCAAAUCUAAGGACCACACUAUUAGCCAUAAUGUUCCCAAGCUAGUAACCACAACAUUAACCACCAAAGUGAAAAUCCAGACUCAUGCUGCUUCUUCAAAAAGUAAUAGCGCCAAUCAGAUUCUUUCAUCCACCACGAAGCCUGUUGUGGAUGGUGCCCAAAAACCUGUGCCUUCUCUUCAAGACACACUUAGUGAGAAGAAAAAUUCUACUACUAAAUCAAAAGUGAAUGCCAUUAAUCUAAAUGUUCAGAAACCAGUAACCACAUUAUCAAACACCAAAAUGAAAAACCAAACUCAUCCCACUUCCUCAAAACCUAGCAGCAUCAGUCAGACACCUACAUCCACUACAAAGCCUGCUAUAGAUGGUGUCCAGAAUCCUGGGCCCACUCUUCCAGGCAAACCUAAUGAAAAGAAAUAUUCCACUGCCAAGUCAACAGCCCUCACCGGUAGUCCCAAUCUUCCAAAUAUAGUAACUGUGGCAUUAAAUACCAAAAUGAAAAACCAGACUCAUCCGACUUCCUCAAAAAUUAGCAGCGUCAAUCAGACUCUUCCAUCCACUACAAAGCUGGUUGCUGAUGAAAGCACACUUAGUAAGAAAAAAAAAUCUACUGUUAAAUCAACAGUCCAAACUUUUAAUGUUAAAGUGUCAAAGACAGUAACUACAGUAUUAAACACCAAAACGAAAAAACAGACUCAAUCUACAUCCUCAAAAGUUAUCAAUGUCAAUCAGCGUCAAGGCAUUGUCCAGAAACAUGUGCCUUCUCUUCAGGACCCACUUAGUGAGAAGAAAAAUUCCACUGUUAAGUCAACAGCCCAAACUAUUAAAGUUGCGGCUACAUUAUUAAAAACCAAAAUGAAAGACCAAACUCAAUCUGCUUCCUCAACAACUAGUAGAGUGAAUCAGACUCUCCCAUUAUCUAUGACGCCUGAUGUGGUCGCCAUCCAGAAACCUGUGCAAAGUGUACAAAACACUCUUUGUGAGAAGAAAAAUUCUACCACCAAGUCAGUCAACUCUAUAAAUGUUGAGAAACCAACAACUAGAUUAUUAAAGACCAAAAUGAAAGACCAAUCUCAAACUACUUCCUCAACAACUAACAGAGUGAAUCAGACUCUCUCAUCAUCUACAAAGCCUGAUGUGGACACCGUCCAGAAACCUGUGCAAACUAUACAAAACACACUUACUGAGAAGAAAAAUUCUACUACUAAGCAAGUCAACACUAUUAAUCUUAAAGUUGAGAAAAUAGUAACUACAUUAUUAAAGACUAAAAUGAAAAACCAAACUCAAUCUACUUCCUCAAAAAAUAGUAGCAUUGAUCAAACUGUUCCAUCCUCCUUGAAGCCUGCUGUAGAUGCUGUCCAGAAACCUGUGUCUUCUUAUCCAGCCUCAACUGGCGAGAAGAAAAACACUACUGCCAAGUUAGUAGGCCACACUAUUCAUGUUAAUGCUUCAAAGCCAGCAAACACAAAAAUGAAAGACCAAACUUAUUCUGCUUCCUCAAAACCCAGUCACGUUGGUCAAACUCUCUCAUCCACACCAAAGCCUGCUGUAGAUGUCCAGAAACCUGGGCCUUCUCUUCAGAAGAACAAUUCUACUUCCAAGUCAACGGCUCAAACUAUUAGUCAUACUGUUCCCAAGCUAACUACAUUAGUUAAUACCAAAAUGAAAAACCAGACCCAUCCUACUUCCUCAGAAACUCAGACCCUCCAAUCUACCUCAAAGCUUGUUGUGGAUGAAAGCGCACUUAGCAAGAAGAAAUAUUCUACUGUCAAAUCAUUGUUUCAAAAUAUUAAUGUUAAUGUGUCAAAGCCAUUAACUACAUCAUUACACGCCAAAACAAAAAAACAAACUCAGUCUACUUCAAAAAUGAUCAGUGGCAAUCACACUCUCCCAUCCACCACAAAGUCUAUUGUGGAUGAAAUCACACUUAGCAAGAAGAAAACAUUUACUGUCAAGUCAACGCCCCAAAUUUUUUACGUAAAUUUGUCAAAACCUGUAACUACAUCAUUAAAUACCAAAAUUAAAACUAAAACUCAAUCACCUUCCUCAGAAAUUAGCAAUGUCAAUCAGAGUGUUGCAUCUACUGCAAAGCCUGUGGUGGAUAGAGUCCAGAAUCCAACUAAAGACAAACCUGCAGAGAGUUCACCAGUUAUAGUCAUCACUGGCGGUUGUGUUCCACAGACAGAGUCUCAGACAAACGUAGGUAAUGUAACCAAAGUACGAGAAAUGGAGCUCAGUUUGAAUCCUGGAUCUCCUCUGGUUAUGACUCAUCACAUCAACCUGGUACAAGGAGCCUGCACAGGAGGUUGUGAGACUGAGAUGGCCACACUGAGGGACAGAGUUGAAUUUCUUGAGAAGGAGAUGGCAGCAAUUAAAAAAAUGUGUGUUCAGUGCUCAGGAGAGCAAUGCCCUAAAAACUGUAGUGGCCAGGGCAAGUGUGAAGAAGGAAGAUGUGUUUGUUUCCAGGGUUUCAGUGGCCCAGACUGCAGUGGCAAAACCUGCCCCUCUAACUGCAACAGAAAAGGGAAGUGUGUGAAGGGAAAGUGUGUGUGUCAGACUGGUUAUACAGGCCUAGACUGCAGUAAGGCUGUUGACAAGAAGAUCGCAGUAACUGUUGAAACUGUGACUAUGAAGAUGCCCACUGCCAAUCCUGAUACAAAACCUGUGAAGGCAAAGCCAGACAAGACCAUAUUCGUGAAAAAGAUCGACCCAAAGAAAAACACCACAGCCGAGCCAACAGUGAAGCCAAGUCCAACCGUGUAUCCUGGUAAAGUCCAGUCCAAUAACACAAAGAGUCAAGAGCAAGCUAAAGAGGGCAAAACAGCAAUCAUAAAACUGGAUUUUGACAAACAAUCACAAACUCAUCUCACUGACAAGUCCAAGAAAAAUAAUCUUAAAGAUGAGCCUGUCUAUCAGAAUCAGACUCAAAGAUCUGUGAAGAAGUUAAAUGGAACCAACAAAAUUCUAGAGAAUGGAUUUAAAGGCACCAAAGAAUCAUCUAAUGCAACUAUGUCCAUGACAAAGGUCACUAUGAGAACUGCAGGUGAUCAAGCGAAAGAAAGCAGGACUAUUAAUGUUCCAUCUACUGAAAAAGACAAGCAGCUAUUGCGCAUCAAUGUUACAACAACUCUCCAAGCAGAGAAGUCUGAUAAGCAUGUAUUCCAGAGGAGAAUGGAUGGAUCUACUGAUUUCUUCAGGAGCUGGAGAGACUACAGUAAAGGCUUUGGUCUCCUGAGUGGGGAAUUCUGGCUGGGAAAUGACAUCCUUCAUACUCUCACCAGUCGUACACCAAUGAGCCUGCGGAUUGACCUGUGUUCAGGAAAUGACACGGCCUUUGCUCAUUAUGCCAACUUCAAAGUUAGCUCAGAGGCUAACCACUAUGUAAUCGAGCUGUCUGGAUACUUUGGCACUGCUGGUGAUUCCAUGAAAUAUCACAACGGCCGUCCAUUCUCCACCAUAGACAAAGACCCAAACACACUUAGCAUUCCCUGCGCUAAGGCCUACAUGGGAGGCUGGUGGUAUAAAAAUUGCUACAUGGCAAACCUCAACGGCCUCUAUGCCUCCUACUCAGACAAUAAGGGUGUGGUGUGGAUAGAUUGGAAGGGCAAAGAUGCAUCCCUCCCAUUUACUGAGAUGAAGCUUCGACCCUCCUAUAUCAGUCAAAUGAUCCUGACAACCCCAACAACCCAAGGUUAAAUCUACAGAGUAAAUAGUGCACAUACUGCAAAUACACUGUACAAACUUUUACUCACUGCUACUUCAAUACUGUAUAUAGGGUAAAAACAUGCACACAAAGUAAAUAUGCAAACAACUUCCAAUCCCAACAACCUUUGUAAGUUAAUAUAAAGUGUUUUUUUAAAUGUUAUGUAGACUUUAUGCAUGUGUCAAUAUACUUGUGUUAAUGGAGGUCCAUCAUUGAUAUUAACAUUUCCGCUACUGGAAUAA